UUGUUUAUUUUUGCUAAACAAUCUUAAGUUCUUUGACAACCCAAAUGGCUAAAACUCCUAUACUCACAAGCAAAACAUUCAAGGCCACCCCCUACCUGUUAUUCCUCGCCAUCAUCUUUACUUGCGCCAACUCUGCAAGAGUCCUUGAUGAGGUGGAAGCUCAACCACAAGUUGUCGAUGACAUACCACAGCCAUCGAACCUGGCAGCACCAACGGUCACUCCUAACACUUUGCCAAGUGGCCAAGUCCCUGAUGUCAACCCAAGUGGCCCGGUGGAUGAUGGUGCUGAUCCACCAAUUCCUGAAGCUCCUGCUGCUGAUGAGGGACCAGUAGCUACUCCUGCAGUGCCUGUUGUUGGUAUGGCAGCAUCAAUAGCUGGACCCGCAGCCACACCAGCGACAACUGGGCAAGGAGUGGCUGCAGCCACAAGUGCCACAAUGGCAAAACCUGGCCCACAUGACCCUGUAUUAUCCUUUUUUAUACAUGACAUCUUGGGUGGAUCCCAUCCAUCAGCCAGGGUGGUAACUGGUAUCAUCGCCAACUCAGAAAUCAGUGGCAUCCCUUUCUCAAAGACCAACAAUGACCUUUUCCCACUCCAAGGUGGAGCCCCACUCUUAAAUGGUAACAACAUUAACAACCUCAUUAACCCCAACAAUGUCCCUUUCCUAACAGGCCUAGCUGGUGCCCAAACCAAUGCUAUACUACAAAACACUGGAAACAACAACAAUGUUCUUAAUGGGAACAGCCAACCUUUUGUCACAGCCGGACAGCUCCCACCUGGCUCUCUUCAAAGGCUCAUGUUUGGCUCCAUAACUGUCAUAGAUGACGAACUAACUGAAGCCCAUGAGUUGGGGUCAGCUGUGCUAGGCAAAGCACAAGGGUUCUACUUGGCUAGCUCUUUGGAUGGUACUAGCCAAACCAUUGCUUUGACUGUUCUAUUACAUGGAGGUGAACAUGGUCAUGAACUUGAGGAUGCCAUUAGUUUCUUUGGUGUUCAUAGGACCGUGUCGCAGGAGUCACAGGUUGCAGUGGUUGGUGGAACUGGGAAGUACGAGAAUGCCAGAGGGUAUGCCACGGUUGAGACUCUUCACCAGGAGGAUCAGCACAUAACAGAUGGUGUGGAUACAAUCCUGCAUUUCAAUGUUUACCUUACUUACUGAUGAUCAUCUUGUGGCUGGUGGUUCAUGGUUUAGCAAUUUGAUUUGUGUGGUGGAACAGUUCAAUUAAGCGUGGAUUUCAUGUGUCUUUGAAGCAUUUAAUAUUGAAACUUUAAUGAAACUUUUGAGUCUUUUUUUUUUCUUUGGAUUGCAAUGGAUUUGGCGAUUCAAGAUAAGUACUAAAUUAAUUUUUGACCUGAAAAAUCAUGGUAAUGUAAUGGACUAACAUAUCUCAA